AAAAUUAUUGCGAGAAAUGCAAUCUUAACAACGGCACUUGUAACAAAAAAUUAUAACAUUUAUUUCCCGUAAAAUUAGGUCGCACUUGCAUAUUUUACACAUUUCUCAUUCCUUUCUUCUACAUAGAUAUUUUAAUCAGUACUCUCAAUAUUAACACCGAUUUUAAUUUGUCUGCUAGAAAGACGAUGAUCUCGCGUCUCUAAAUUUGAAUUCUCGUGUCCACAACAUGGUGGAAGAACGGUGGAGAGGUCGCCAUUAUCGCGUACGCGUUAGGCAAUUGGCAUAUUGGCAUCACUGACGCAGCCGCCGCCGCAUUGGCACCACUGUCACCCCGUCACUCGUCCGUUAGCCAUGUUCUACGGUCGGAUCUGGAUACGGGGGUUUGUCAUACGAAAAUGUUUCUCGCGGGCGUGAGAGCCGACCCGUCGUGUUAUCGCGCGGCUCAACGACGGUAAAGAGGCCCCACGACACAGACGAGUGGCAUGUGUUCGCCCUGUCGACGGGAGGACAUUGCGCGCGUGUGGUGGUCGUGCAAGGCGAAGGUGGGAUCUCGGUGAAGCCUUUUAUCGCAGCGCGCGUCGGAGUCUGUGUGCGACGACACUUGCGCUUGACCCAAUGGAGCCGCGUUCUCUCGCCGUGCCGUUGGCUUUGUUGACAGUGCUCGCAUGGGUGCACGCGGGAGGCUUGGACUUCACCAUCGAGCCGCGGGACGUGGUGGUCGAGCAGGGAGGUUCCGCGAGGUUGGACUGCGCGGCGAAGAGCGUGUUCGGGACACCGAGCAUUCAGUGGCGGACGGACGACGGUCAGCCGAUCACGUUUAUCGGAGACAGUUAUCGAUCACAGCUAACGAAUGGGUCCUUGUACAUAAGUAGCGUAUACGCCAGUAGUGCAGAAUUAACUGGAAGUUAUCAGUGUUUAGCCUCCAUAGAUAAUGUCGGAGCGAUUGUCUCUCGGACAGCCACGAUCAAGCUAGCAAGUCUGCCCGGCUUCGAGAGGGAACCUCAGGAUACGAUGGUUUAUGCAGGACAGAUCGCGUAUCUGAGUUGCGCCCUACCCGCUUCCUCGAGUUUGUUGAAAGUACAAUGGCUGAAGAACGAGCAUCCGUUGGUACUCGACACAAGUCGGAUGGCGAUCUUGCCGUCAGGCGCUCUGGAAAUCGACGAUGUUCAGUAUCUCGAUUUUGGCUCGUACAGAUGCAACGCUAGCGGCUACGGCCAAUAUAGACUGAGCAACAAAGCACAAUUAGGAUUAUUGUCCAGCGACAUCGAUGAAGAAUCUAGCGCUCCAGUAUUCAUCGCACAACCCUUGCAACAGACGGCCAUCGAAGGGUCCGAUGUGACUCUCGAGUGUGCCGCCAAUGGUUAUCCAAAGCCGACGAUCCUUUGGCUCAAGGACGGCGUGGCUCUCGACUUGGUGUCGCUUGAUUCUAGAUACCGGAAAGUCGCAGCUUCUAGUCUCACGAUCAUGGACGUCCGAGAAUCCGACCACGGCUCGUACCAAUGUCGUGCGGAGAACGAAAUCGAAUCAUUGGACGCGGUCGCCGAGUUGGUUGUGCAAGUUCCGCCGAGUUUCACGAAGAAGCCGGAGGACAAGGUGGCGAGUGAGAAUCAAGAUUUGGAAUUCGAAUGCGAGAUCUACGGGAAACCGGAACCGAAGAUUACUUGGCUGAAGAACGGCGAGCGCAUCACGCUGAGCGCGUAUUGGCAGAUCGUCAAUGGAAACAAUCUGAGAAUCAACGGCCUGUUGCCGAUAGACGCGGGUAUCUUCCAGUGCAUAGGAGUGAAUCCUGCUGGUAGCGUUCAAGCUUCAGCGCGUCUCAUGAUUAACCAGCCCAAAAGAACAAGCAUCCACAGAACGACAACUCCCAAGACAGUUCCUAAGAAAAAACUGCUGUUACACCGGCAGUUGUACAAUAAGACCUGGCAACAUCCGAGCACGCUCUUAGGACACACGUCGUCACUCACGCCGAAUCCUCCUCUCCCCAUUAGUCCCUCCGAUGACUCCUCGGACCUCCCGAGCUCGGUUAAAUAUCCCAACUCCCUUUACGACCCAAACUCCCAUUUUGUAGAUGACACAGAUACUCUGGAGGCGUUCGAGGGAGGUGUACCGUCCCCGCCGAGGAACCUGAGUCUCGUUAUCGUUACCGCGAGAUUCGUCACACUACGCUGGCAGGAGCCAGAGAAUAUGAAUAGCGACUCCCUCAAUUAUUAUAUCCAUUACAAACAGGAAGGAGGUGUGAGGGAGAGAGUCGUGAAUACACAACAGAAAUUGGAGGCUAUGAUACGUGGUUUACAACCUAGUGUGACGUAUCAGUUCCAUGUAGUUGCGCAAAGUGCUCGAGGAACCAGUGCGCCUAGUGAAGUAUUACAAGUUACAACGCUGAUAGAGGCCAAUGUUCCUGGACCUCCGAUGAAUUUGGAAGGUCACGCGGCGAGUAGCUUGAGUAUUACCUUGUCAUGGGAGGAACCACAAAUUAUUAAUGGUCGAAUAUCUAAAUAUAUUAUUACGUUUAUGGAGGGCGACGGUGAGGAAGUAAUGCGUGAAACUACUAGUACAACGUACGAAUUGGUAGAUCUCGUGCCUUAUACGGAAUACAGUAUUAGAGUUCAAGCGGUUAACGAAAAUGGUCCAGGCGCGUUUAGCAAAGAUAUCGUCAUUCGGACUCACAGCGCACCACCCGCGCAACCACCGCACAAUGUUACGUUAGAAGCAGCUAGUUCAACGAGUAUUAUCGUAAGAUGGGAGCCUCCGCUUGAGGGACAGAACGGGAUUAUCACGGGUUAUCGAAUCCGUUAUCGCAGAUAUCCGCAUGAUCGACGAAAUCCGAUUACGAUGACGACUGAGGGAAAUCAACGUUUGUACGUACUCAAUGGGCUCGAGAAGCACGUGGUGUACCAAGUUCGCAUAUGUGCCUUCAAUGUCAAUGGGACUGGGCCUUGGACUGAAUGGAUGAAGAUAGAAACAUAUGAGAACGACCUGAACGAGACGAAAGUACCCAACGCACCCAGUAACCUGAAGGCGAAUGCUGUGGGAGAUUCUAUAUUGGUGACGUGGCAUCCGCCGAAAGAUCAAAGUAUAAAAGUAAGGAAGUAUAAAUUAGGCUGGGGCAAAGGGUAUCCCGAUGUUGAGAUACAAGUUCUUGAUGGGAAGCAACGAUCUUUCGCGAUCAAACCUAUAGAACCGACAACGGAGUAUGUAAUAUCACUAAGGGCAACGAAUAAUGUCGGCGACGGUGAGCAAGCGUACGCGAAUGUAAGAACCCCCGAACGUUUCGUAUCUGAAUCCGCAGUGCCUUUAAUACCACCCGUUGGCCUUAAAGCUAUUGUGCUCUCGGCUACUACCGUUGUACUAUAUUGGACUGACACGACUUUAUCGAAGAGCCAGUAUGUCACCGAUAAUCGUUAUUACGUGGUGCGUUAUAUGUCUUACCAUCACAGCACUAGUCCUAGAUACAAAUAUUACAACGCCACCGACUUGAACUGUAUGAUUCACGAUUUGAAACCCAACACGCAGUACGAAUUUACGGUCAAACUGGUGAAGGGUAAGCGAAGCUCUCCGUGGAGUAUGGUCGUUCUAAAUCAGACUCAAGAAGCGUCGCCCACUACCGCACCUCGAGAUCUGAUUAUUCAAACUGUCGAAGAGCGUCCGACCUCCGUGCUGCUGCGAUGGCAACCUCCCAAGCAACCCAACGGACUAAUUACAGGAUACCUCAUUAUUUAUUCCACCGACACAAAGUGGGAGCGUGACUGGCUGGUCGAGGGUGUUAUCGGUGACAAGGUAGACGCCAUCAUAAAGGGUCUGCGUCCCAACACGCUGUACUAUUUCAAGAUCCAAGCUCGCAACUCUAAGGGAUACGGACCGUUCUCCAUUACGGUGUCGUUCAAAACACCGCAAAGCAAUGGCAUGGAUAUCUAUGAUGAAUUGCAUGGUCGAGAUGGACGAGGUCUCUCAAAUAUACUGAUUUACAUCAUAGUGGGCUGUUCUGUCGUUUUUACUACCGGCAUAGCGGUGGUGGUCGUUGUGAUGUGCUGCAAACGUAAUCCGGCGUCGCCGGAUCGAAAGAAGGGAUACAUGAAGGACUCGAAUCAAAAGACGAACAUCAAGCCGCCGGACUUGUGGAUUCAUCAUGACCAAAUGGAGCUCAAGGCGCUUGAAAAGUCGUCGUUAAACGGUGAAGCGUCCACGAGCGGCGUCACCAGUAACACAUUACCCAGAUCGGGCAAUUCGGAAUAUAAUCAGGACAACGUACACGGCAAUUCCAGUUCGUUGGACAAGCGUACUUAUGUGCCAAGCUACAUGGGUAACACUGACGAGAAGUGCUCGACUCUGAGCAGGCAACACAGUCGUGGGAGUCACAAACCCAAACUAAUUUCACUUCCCGUUGACAGUGCACCUUUGCAUCAACCUAUAGCUACCGCCACCCCGAUCGUCAAUACCAGCAUGUCGCAGCCGACCAUCCACAGUUCGUGCAGCGACACGUCGUCUGUCAGGCAGAAUUAUCCGCGAACAGUCGCGCAAUACAGCUUGAGUCGAGCGCACGUCACGCUGGAACCCACGCCGGAAUCGAGUCCAGAUUCCUGCAACAUACCAAACUCGUACGAACCACUGCAGAGUCAGUUAUCAUACGGCACCAGCGGCCAAUCAUACAGCGGAAACGCUCAAUAUGCCCCUGGUCAUUAUGGCAAUAGCAGUCAACCGAUGAGCAGCAACACCGUCGGUGUGGAGAGCAACAGCAGCAAGCGAUUGCAAGGGCAUCCUCUCAAGAGUUUCAGCGUGCCGGCACCGCCGCCGCAGAGCGCCCCUUCCACACCGGCGCAACAGAAGCACGGUGUGUCGCAAGUGACGGUGAGACCAACAAUGUCCGGGAGCCCGUACAAGAAACCGCCGCAGAGCUCGUCGUCGCAAUUAGCAGCAAAGAAUCGCCUAGCUUCCGUGUCAAACACGGCGCACACUUCGGAGGAAGUCGAACGGUUGAAGCCUUCGUACAGCACUGAAGAAUUGAAUCAGGAAAUGGCCAACUUGGAGGGUCUCAUGAAAGAUCUGAAUGCCAUAACAGCAUCGGAAUUCGAAUGCUAAAGUAGGUUCCUAAACCGCGUGCCAUCCUAACUGAUGGAUAGACUGCAACGCCACAUUCUCAAUGUUAGUACCUGAGAGGUAAAUCAAUUACGACGCUCUUCGGCUUAUAAUGAAUUGAGUUUCUCUCCUUCCUAUUCGAUACGGUCAUUGUCAUUAUUAUGUCAGCGUUACGUCAGAGGAAGCUCGAGAUCAGAUGUCGCGCGAGUUAAUCAACGCCGAUGAACGGCGCGAUUAACGGUUGAUCCGAGUCGAUUCAAAAUCUGAUGAAAAAGAAAAGGAAAAGUAAAAUGCGCAAACAUUGCGAUUUGAAUCACAUGUGGCAAUUGGCGGCUUAUCGGGUCACUCCAGGCCCGAUUGACGUUUCCUCUCUUUCUCUCUCUCUCUCUCUCUCUCUCUCUCUCUCUCUGUCUCUCUCUCUC